AUGAAAUUGAGGCAUUGGACAAAAGAGUUGCCUGAUUCCCAUGCAUGGAAACCACUUCAUCAUGAUCUUCCAUCAGACAGUGCAUGUAAACUAGAGUCUGUUCCAAUUAUUGAUCUCAAUCGCAAGAAUGCCAUGGAACUUAUAGGAUCUGCAUGCAAAUCACGGGGUGCUUUCGAAGUUGUUAAUCAUAAUAUUGCCAUGAGCUUGCUUGAUGACAUUGAGUCUGCAAGAAAAAGGCUUUUCUCUCUUUCCACACAGCAGAAGCUUAAAGCAGCAACACGAUUCAAAGGACCCAAGUCAUGCCACACAAAUAAUUAA